CGGCGACCAACUGUACGUACCUUUUUACCUGGAUAUGGCCAGGACCUGAGGACACAGCCUUUUUUUUUUGCUCUCACGCUCUCUGCCUCUGCCCUCUCUGACCGUGGUCCCCUCUUCCUCCUCUGCCUCAUUCUCUCUGGCACCGCUCACCCCCCCGUCCGUCAUACUCUUGUCCAACUUUGCUGCUUGUCCCUCCUUUUGCACGUUCUGAACCGCCGCCCUACGCAGUCCUACCUCGCUGUACUCUGUGUACCAUCCCCUCCUUUCUACUUGAGCGACAAGGCCUAUCUCUCUGUGUUCCCCCAAGAGAAUUGGCCCCCAGUCCUCAUUCCACCCACACGGAACCACCAAACGCACACAUUCAUACACACUCAACCUCUCACACUACUCUUCUUCUUCUUCUUCUACUCAACUUUGCUCUGCUUUUUCAACCCUACCCCCCUCACUCCUUUCUUUGCUUUUUGCAAACGGCAGUGAGAAACCUCUGCCAUCCCGCAGCGUUGCGCCCCAGAGAAAACAUAUCCCAAAAGAACGGGCUCAUCACGCUUCUCAACCAGACGCACCAAACCAAGCACAACCCUUCCCCUCCGAUUAUCUGACUGGAUCUGGAACCUCGCCGCUCCUAGGCUCGAUUUUAAUUUGAUCACCGCUGUCCACACAUUUGCGGCCGCGCCUGCCAAAGCUAAAACAGCGCCCUUAUUUGUCGCGCCGCCCUAUCAGCUGGGCCAAAAGCAAUAUCCAUCGGCCUGCCCCCCGACGAAGCUUCCGCUCGAAACACCACAAAAAACCAACACCAACAUUCUCGAAGUCUGCCAUCUUGGGUUCUUUGACACCGACUGAAAUCACUUCGCAGCCUCUUGUGCACUCAACUCAAUCACCGUCUCGAGGCGUUCGCUGGACGACAUCCCAACUGUGCCCGCACACACACCAAUAUACACUCACUAAUCCACCACUCAAUCACACUCUAACCGACCCAGUUCGCGCACGACACGCACGACUCGAUUCCACCCAGUUUCCCGCUGCAUUUCCCCUCCCAAAAACUGCCACGCCCCCUCCACCACCUCUUCGCAGCCACGCUCACGAACCGUUCUUCUUUUUCGAGUCGCAAGGGCCUGGCAACGAUAGCUGCAUCCUUGGAUCAAUUGGAAUAACCCCUCCCUUUCACGCUGGAUUCCAAGAGUCGCUUUCCCAAUCGCCAACCUCGCAGCUGCACCGCAACAUCGCCGUUCAGCCGCCCACCGAUCCACCAGCGUCGGCCGUCGUAACCUCUCCGUAGGCGACGUCGAGACCCCGUUCAUCCAAGGGGUUCUCUUAGGCGACCUGCCUACUUCGCGCAAACAUCACCUCAGGCCAUCGCCAACAUGUCCGUCAUGCUCCAAACACCAUCUCGAGCUUCUACCGCCUCCUCCUCCUCCUUCCAACCCCUUUCCCGCCAAAACACCAUGUCUUCUUACGAUGGAUCGCGGUCCGCCCGCCAAUCGAAGCGUUACUCCAUGUCCGCGCUGUACAUGUCCAUGUCAGCGAACGAGACUGAUCUGGAGAUUGAGGAUGACUUGGCCAAAGCCCAGAAGAUUCUCAGAGAGCUCAAGUCCAAGAUCUCUUCGCAGUCCAAAAAGAACUUCGUACUGGAAAAGGAUGUACGAUAUCUUGAUUCACGAAUCGCCCUCCUCAUCCAGAACCGAAUGGCUCUCGAGGAACAGAACGAAGUCGCGAGCCACUUGGAAGACGCGACGGAUAUGCAAGAAGGCGCCUUUCCUAACGACGACAAGACGCAAAAGUAUGGCAACUUGAUGUUCUUGUUGCAAUCCGAGCCGAGGCAUAUUGCACACCUCUGCCGUCUGGUGUCAAUGUCGGAAAUCGACUCUCUGCUGCAGACUGUCAUGUUCACCAUCUACGGAAACCAAUACGAGAGUCGCGAAGAACAUCUGCUCUUGACUAUGUUCCAGUCUGUUCUGACCUACCAAUUCGACAACACCCCCGAAUAUUCUUCGCUUCUGCGUGCGAACACCCCCGUCUCGAGAAUGAUGACCACGUAUACGCGGAGAGGACCAGGACAGAGCUUUCUCAAGUCAGUUCUCGCUGAUAGAAUCAACAGUCUGAUCGAGUUGAAGGAUCUCGACCUGGAGAUCAACCCCCUCAAGGUCUACGAGCGCAUGAUUGAGCAAAUUGAGGAGGACACUGGCAGUCUGCCUGCAUCGCUUCCCAAGGGCGUUACUGCUGAGCAGGCUGCGGAGAACCCCCAAGUUCAAGCCAUCAUCGAGCCGCGUCUGACAAUGCUCACCGAGAUUGCUAAUGGCUUCUUGACAACCAUCAUUGACGGACUCGACGAAGCGCCGUACGGUAUUCGGUGGAUUUGCAAACAGAUUCGCAGCUUGACGAAGCGCAAGUACCCUGAUGCCAAUGAUCAGGUCAUUUGCACUCUUAUCGGCGGAUUCUUCUUCUUGCGGUUCAUCAACCCGGCAAUCGUGACACCAAAGUCAUACAUGCUCAUUGACGGUCAGCCGGCUGAUCGCCCGAGAAGAACGCUGACUUUGAUUGCAAAGAUGCUGCAAAACCUUGCUAACAAGCCCUCCUACGCCAAGGAGCCAUACAUGGCCAAGCUGCAACCCUUCAUCUACCAGAACAAGGAGCGUAUCAACAAAUUCAUGCUUGACUUGUGUGAAGUUGGCGACUUUUAUGAGAGCUUGGAAAUGGAUAACUACGUCGCACUCUCGAAGAAGGAUUUGGAACUGUCCAUCACCUUGAACGAAAUCUAUGCCAUGCAUGGCCUGAUUGAGAAGCACAACGGAGAGCUCUGCAAGGACGACAACUCGCACUUGGGCAUCAUCAUGUCUGAGCUAGGAGGCGCACCCCCACAGGUUCCUCGCAAGGAGAACCGCGCCAUCAACCUCCCCCUCUUUAGCCGAUGGGAAACAGCGAUCGACGACUUGACAGCGGCGCUCGACAUCACGCAAGAGGAAGUGUACUUUAUGGAAGCCAAGUCCGUCUUUGUGCAAAUUAUGCGAUCGAUCCCAUCCAACAGCAGUGUUGCACGAAGACCUCUGCGACUCGAGCGGAUUGCCGACGCCGCAGCUACGAGCCGAAACGACGCCGUGAUGGUUCGCAAAGGUAUCAGAGCGAUGGAGCUGCUCUCACAGCUGCAGGAACUGAAAGUCAUCGAUAAGAGCGAUCAAUUCGGCCUGCUGCGUGACGAAGUCGAGCAGGAACUGCAACACCUUGGAUCGCUCAAGGACGGAGUCAUUCAAGAGACUGGCAAAUUGGAAGAAGUCUACAAGACCAUUCGCGACCACAACAACUAUCUCGUUGGCCAAUUGGAGACGUACAAGAGCUACCUGCACAACGUGCGUUCGCAAAGCGAGGGAACCAAGCGCAAGCAGCAGAAGCAACAGGUCCUCGGGCCUUACAAAUUCACUCACCAGCAGCUGGAGAAGGAGGGUGUCAUUCAAAAAAGCAACGUCCCGGAUAACCGGAGGGCCAACAUUUACUUCAACUUUACCAGCCCUUUGCCGGGAACUUUUGUUAUCUCUCUUCACUACAAGGGACGCAACCGCGGUCUUCUUGAACUGGAUCUCAAGCUCGACGACCUGCUUGAGAUGCAGAAAGACGGCCAGGACGACCUAGAUCUGGAGUACGUCCAGUUCAACGUCACCAAGGUUCUCACUUUGUUGAACAAGCGAUUUGCGAGAAAGAAGGGGUGGUAAACGCCACCACUUGACCUCUCAACUCUCAACUGUACAACUUUUUCUCCCAGAGAUACCCUCGACUGGCUUUUCUUCGAAUUAGGCGUUCUCGGCAUCUCUUUGAAUCCUGAUACCACGACGUUUUCGUCUUCAUCGUCGCACCGCCUCCGAUUUCCAUCCUCGCAACCGUCUGCAUCAAUGCGUUGCCAGCUUCCCACCUUUAUGAACGCCUCCUCGCUACGGCCGCCUUUAAUUCAUUUCUCGACCAUCUCGUUUAUCCAUACGCAUACCGGCGUUAUUAUACCUGUCUCUUUCGUAUUCGCCUACAUCUGUGUCUGCGUGCUCAAGACUUUGAGCAGCUUUCUCUGGACUAGGUCACGUACAAGAUUAUCACCGUGGAUAUAUGGGAACUUGGUUUUUGUCCGGCCUUGCGCGCCACAUCAUAUCGGCGAAUAGGCGGUACGGCUUGGAGUCUUCUUUUUUACACCCGCUCGAUAUACCUGCUACGUCAUUUUUAAUUCUCUUGUUCGGCGGCCGGCGCCAGGAAAUUCAUGGUUCAUGCUGCCCUUUUGCAACUUUGCUUGUCCUCUUUUGGUCCUCAUUUGUCUUUUUUCGAUCCACACGUCCUGAUGCGCAACGACGGCGCAAGUUGUAUUCGGCUGGUCCGGCGACUUUCUUGGUUUUAUGUCCUGUCCCCCUUUGCACUUCAUGUCUGAAAUGAUACGGUAGAGAAGAUGGACGAGAAAGAAAUGGAAUGAAGGUAGAUGAUUCUCUCAAAAUCUGGUCUCUCCGUGAUGACGUACAGUGAUAUGUUUCCCUUGUGAAGGUUUGUCAAUGAUGGGG